GCAUGACGCGGGGGCGCGGAUGACCGAGCCUGUGUUGUACGUGCGAAGAGCUGCUGUCGCCGUGGAGGACUGAAGCGAGAGCACAGCCUUGUUGCCAGGCACGUCCCCGGACCUUCAGGACACAUUGGAGAACCAGGACCGACUCAGUCUGAAGCUGAAGGAGGUUUAAGCUGCUGCAGCCGCUCUGUGUUCACCUUUAACUGUAGCUGUGAGACCCGAGAGGACCUGGCUACCUACAGGCUGUCAAGUUCGAGUCAUUAAAGCAGACACCAUGGAGGACGACCUGAUGUUCAGCAUGGAGGAGGAGAGCAGCGCCAAGAGGCCCCCUGUCCAACGCAGCGCCUUCAACCAGCGGGCCUCCUCCCUCAGCGAUGCCAACGCCACCGACGAGGACGAGGACGAGGACCACGUCAUCUGCCCCAUCCUGGACGACUCCUUCAAAGAAAUCUGUCACUACCUGAAGAAUCUGGCUCAUGAGCGGCAGCUGUCGAACUCACUUCCCAAGACCAACUUUUUGUUCAAGAGCGAAACAGAAACUGUGGCACAGCCUCGAUCAUACAAGGUUUUGUCUGAGAGCGCACGGGAGACAUGGAAACAUGCCAUCGAAAAGGCCAAAGCCAUGCCCGACCCGUGGGCACAGUUUCAUCUGGAGGACAUCGAGACUGAACCCUGCAUUCGUUACAGGUACAAUGCCAUCACAGGAGACUGGGCUGAAGACCAGAUCUACAUCAAGAUGGGUGCCCAGCCGUUUGGGAAAGGGGCCAUGAGGGAGUGCUUCAGAACGAAGAAGUUGUCCAAUUUCUCGCACAGCAGCAACUGGAAGUCAGCGAGUAAUUAUGUGAGCAAGCGUUACAUGGAGACGGUGGACAGAAGUGUUUACUUUGAGGACGUCAGGCUGCAAAUGGAAGCCAAGCUCUGGGGAGAGGAGUACAACCGCCACCGACCUCCCAAACAGGUGGACAUCAUGCAGAUGUGUGUGAUAGAGAUGACAGAACGACCAGGUAAACCUCUCUUCCACCUGGAACAUUACAUCGAGGGCAAAUACAUCAAAUACAACUCCAACUCUGGCUUUGUGAAGGACAGCAACAUCCGACUCACUCCGCAGGCCUUUAGUCACUUUACGUUUGAGCGUUCGGGCCACCAGCUGAUCGUGGUGGACAUCCAAGGAGUGGGAGAUCUCUACACUGACCCUCAGAUCCACACAGAGCAGGGGACUGACUUUGGAGAUGGAAAUCUCGGUGUGCGAGGCAUGGCACUGUUCUUCCACUCCCACCUGUGUAACAAGAUCUGCAAGAGUAUGGGCUUGACACCUUUUGACCUUUCCCCUGCGGAGAGGUCCCAGCUGGAUUGCACCAACAAACUUCUUAAGUCAGCCAAGACAGUGCUGAGGGGCUGCGAGGAGGCCUGCUCUCCUCGCGUUCGCACUAUGUCAUGGGGCCGGACACCUCCACUGUUAUCCCGCCUGUCUGAGACGUCCUCUGUGGACGAGAACACGAGUGACUCGGACUCUAUCCCCUGCUCCCCACUCACAAUGCCCUGCUCCCCGCUAGCUUUAUCUGGAUCUGUGGGAAAGUCCUCCAUGGGCUCAUCUUUCACUGGGAUGUACGAACAUGAGAGACUCAACAACCACAACACAGGUGAACACAAGGAACCUGACAGCGGUGGGGACAGUGGCUACCCCAGCGAGAGGAGGAGUGAAGGCGACCCAAGUGACCACGUAGACGGGGCCCAUCACCGCAACCAAAGAAAUUACUCUGAGUCGGAUGAGGACAGUGUCAGACGGAUGACGGAGGAGAAUUGGAGCUUCUUCCAUUCGUCUCGUGCUCACGUCCACCGAUCCUCCUGUGUGGCCACUGAGGUGGAGCGGAUCAACACCCUGCUGCAGAAGAAGAUUGGCCAGUCGAUUCUCGGAAAGGUCCAUCUGGCGAUGGUGCGCUACCACGAGGCAGGUCGCUUCUGUGAGAGGGACGAGCAGUGGGAUCAGGACUCGGCCAUGCUGCACCUGGAGAGAGCCGCUCUGUGCGGGGAGCUGGAGGCCAUCAUAGCCUUGGGACAGUGCUGUAUGCAGCUGCCUCAUCACAUACUGCCUGACGUAGAGCUGGAGGAUAACGCAGGAAACAGGAUGAAAGGGUUCAAGUAUCUGCUGCUGGCUGCUGAGGCCGGUGACAGAUCUUCUAUGAUCACAGUGGCCAGAGCCUUUGAUACUGGGAUCAAUCUGUCAGCUGACAGGAAGCAGGACUGGGAGGAGGCGAUUCAUUGGUAUGACAGUGCAUUGAACAUGACCGACUAUGACGAGGGGGGAGAGUUCGAUGGGACGCAGGACGAGCCUCGCUACCUGCUGCUGGCCAGAGAGGCAGAGAUGUUCCAAGAGGGAGGACACAACCUCAAAGCAGACCCACAGAGAGCAGGUGAUCUGUUUACAGAGGCAGCAGAAACUGCUAUGGAGGCCACGAAAGGUCGACUGGCCAACCAGUACUACAUGAAAGCUGAGGAAGCCUGGGCGCUAAUGGAGGAAUAAUUCUGGACAUUUUUAUUACAAAUCAAAAGCCACGGGAGUUCAUGUGUCUGACUGAUAUAGCCAGGCCAGUUUACAUAUUUUUUUAUUACAGGUUUUUUGCCAAUGGUGCUGUGUGUGCAUGUGUGUGUCUCUCCUCUUUAAUUUCCUGUCUCUGACCCACUUUUUGACAAAGUCAAUGUGGUUGUAUGAAAGAGAAAGCCUGACCUAUCAAAACUGAGAAAAUUGUUUACUUUCUUUGCCAUCAAAGUUAUGUUGGAGGAAUGUAUGUAUAAAAAAAUGGUUGAAGUAUGAAGCUAUUAAAUAAAGUUUGCUUUUUAUCGGUAAA